GUGUACUCUACCUUGUACUUACACCGCUUUCUGCCACGCAGGCACACUGAGGUCCACCAACCGCAGUGGAUGGGUGGGAUCACAACACACUCAUAGCCACGUAGCUAGCUACCAACGUUAGCUGUCUAGCUAACGUCAGCGAGCGUUACAAUGGACUUGCCACAUCAUGGAUACCGAGCAACUAAGCCGAGAGCUCGUGCGGCUCCCCCCACAGGUGACUCUGUCCUGUUUGAAGACACCAGCUCAGCAGCUCCUGCAAUGAACAGUCAGGGGUAUUACACUCCAGGGUACAAUAUGGGAGAACCCUCAAAUGAUAUGCAAGGAGGUGGUGGGGUGAACAACCUCUUUACUGACCCAAUGGCCAAUGCUGCAAUGAUGUAUGGCUCCUCCUUAGCCAACCAAGGAAAGGAUAUGGUAAACAAAGAGAUCAGCAGAUUCAUGUCUGUGAACAAGCUGAAAUACUUCUUUGCUGUCGACACCAGAUAUGUAUUGAAGAAACUUAUGAUCCUCAUGUUCCCUUAUACACAUCGGGACUGGGAAGUACGUUAUCAUCGAGACACUCCGCUGACUCCGAGACAGGAUGUGAAUGCACCUGACCUUUACAUACCAACAAUGGCUUUCAUCACCUACAUUUUACUCGCUGGAAUGGCUCUCGGCAUUCAAAAAAGGUUCAGUCCAGAGGUCCUCGGCCUGUGUGCCAGCACUGCUCUUGUGUGGGUCAUCAUCGAGGUCUUGGUGAUGUUGCUGAGUUUAUAUCUGCUCACAGUACACUCCGACCUCUCCACCUUUGAUCUCGUCGCCUACAGUGGAUACAAAUAUGUUGGGAUGAUCUUCACAGUGUUGUGUGGGUUACUGUUUGGCAGUGAUGGCUAUUUUGUGGCUCUUGCCUGGUCCUCUUGCGCUCUAAUGUUCUUCAUUAUUCGCUCUCUGAAAAUGAAGAUCCUCCCCUCACUCUCAUCGGACUCUAUGGGAAUGGGAUCGAGUGCCAAACCUCAGCUCCGUCUGUAUAUCACUGUGGCAUCUGCACUCUUUCAGCCAAUCAUUAUUUACUGGUUAACCUCCCAUUUGGUCAGGUGACUGUGAGGUGUUUAGUAGCCUCAAGUCCAAGUGUAGUGGACCCAAAAAAAAAGUGGUUGUGUUUGUAUACCUGCCUUUAUAUGCUCUUUUUUUUUGUCCGGUAAACUUACAAAUGUAGACAGUGUUGAGUGCAGCACGUGUCGAGCUUGUUGAUUUAACAAAGUGUGACACAGAAAAUGUCUCAUCCUCCGUAACUGUAGAGAACUGUGACAGAUGCUUUUUUUUUUUUUUUUUUUUUUCGCCACCUAACCUUGAACACAAGGGCUUUCAGUGAGAGAUUUGUUUAAUCAGAACUGAUAUGGUCCUUAUAUAUGAAGGCUCUUGACGUGCUUUUCAGUAUUCACACCACAAAGACAGAAAUUGACAUUGCACACAUGAUUCCAGUAACAUUUUUGUUUUGAUGGUAAUGUUGCUACAUUAUCUCCCUUACUUUUGAAUCCUGGAUUUUAUUUAUCUGCGUGUGACAAAGCACAACAAUGUUUGGAUUUUUCUAGAAAAAAAUAAAUAUAUUUAGCUUUGUGUACUGAAUUUAA